AUGAGUGCUCCUUGGCCUUUCGUGGCGUGGGGAAUGGAUGUCAUAGGACCGAUUGACCCUCCAGCCUCCAACGGACAUUGCUUCAUCUUAGUUUCCAUAGACUAUUUCACCAAAUGGGUAGACGCAACUUCCCACAAAUCAGUGACCAAGAAAGUGGUAGCUGACUUCAUCAAGAACAAUCUGAUAUGUCAUUUCAGUGUAUCGGAAUCUAUCAUCACGGACAAUGGCGCCAAUCUGAACAGUCAUUUGAUGAAGGACAUCAGUGAGCAAUUCAAAAUCACUCAUAAGAACUCUACCACCUACCGGCCACAAAUGAACGGAGCCAUAGAAGCUGCCAAUAAGAACAUCAAAAGGAUUUUGGGGAAGAUGGUUGACAACUACAAGAAUUGGCACGAACAGCUGCCUUAUGCUCUGACAGCGGAUGCACCACCGAUCAGCUUAUCCACAGCAAAACAAAGGCAGGAGCCCAAACAGAGGAGAGAGAUCAAAACGAUCACAGCAGAAAUGGAUAAUAGGGAUGCAUCGGACCAAAAGGGUCGCAAAAAAGCAAAUGAUAGAUGCAUAUCAGGCCAAAAGGGCCACAAUGAAUGA